AUGGUAUCAUCAACUGUCAAAAUAAAGCCGCAAAGCGGCGAGGUCGUAGACCGUGAUAAAACAUUUACGAGGAAUUUUUGCUUAACAUCAAGUGAUUCGUUCAUCUCUGAUUGGAUUGAAUUUUUAUUUUCAACCUGUUCAUUAGUUGCUAAAUCAAAUAUUGAACAAUAUGAAGAAUUAUUGAAGUCGCAAACGGACCAAACGGCGGGGACUUUGUCUCAUACAUUAAAUGAAAAACAGAAGGAAGCAUUUAAAGAACUUCUAGAUGAGGAAUUCAAUAAAGUGAAUAUCAUAGGUUUUAAUUCGGGAAAGUUUGAUUUAAAUUUAAUUCUUCGUGAUUUAAACACUGCAAAAUGGAAAAUAAAAUCAAUGCUGGGUUCUUCUUCUCAAUUUAAGCAAAUCAUUGUAAAGAAAACAAACUGUCCAUAUGAAUUAAGAUUUAUUGACAUCAGAAAUUAUAUAGCGGGUGGAACAUUAGACCAAUUCACUCAAGAUUUCGGAAACAAUAAAUCACGUGUUAAAUCCUUUUUCCCUUAUCAAUUCAUCACAUGGGAGAAUUACGAAGAAGAAUUAUAUAAAGUGGAACCAUUCACUCAAGAUUCAUUUUAUUCAGCAUUAACUCAAGAAACAUAUCCGAUUCAGAUUAUCAAAUAUAUCUCAAUGAUGCUAA